GACAUCUGGUGGGACCAGGACCGGACAAGGGGAGCAGGUAGGGGGGGUGAGAUCCAAAAACGUUUGUGGUUACAUCGGGGCAUGCAAUGUAGGAUUUUCUUGCAUAUCCUCUCAGAGGAAUAGGUGCUGUCGUUGAACUGUUUGCCUUGAGAUUUGCAAAGGGUUACCGCCAUGCCUUGCUUUCUUGGGUGAUGGAGGUGGUCUGAUUCGCAGCAUUCGCUUCGCUUAAAAGAAAACGUUUUCCCAGUUGCGGAAUCCUGUAAACCACUUGGCAGUGGACGUGCCAACUCGCGUUCUUAUCCAUUAUGGCUAUGUCAAUCCUGCCUGGCGAACUUAUUCUUGACAUUUGUUCCAGGCCAGGUCUUUCCAUCGACGACCUGAAAUGCCUUCGACUAGUCAAUCGCGCCCUUUGCGCCAUCUCGACUCCGCUAACAUUUCGUCGUAUCUACAUUUCCAACUUGCAUAGGGACCUCGAAGCCUUCCAAAAGAUCACGUCUACCCCUCACAUAGCUUCUGUUGUUAGAGAAGUUGUCUUUCUUGAGGUUCCUGAUUUCAUCACAUACGAACAUGAGAUUCGAUACGACAGAACAAACCUAGUCCCAACAUUCUACCGAUUCGCUCUGUGCCAUAGGAUCGCCAACAAUUUCUGCCAGCCUAACGAGCCAUACUUCGCAUCGAUCCAUCCUGACCGACAAACUAGGGCCCUUGUAGAUGCAGUAACAGUCUACUGCCAUCAAUUAAGGUCGAUGCCAAAACUCGCCACGUUGGUCACAGAGCCAAUCAGCAUUACUCGAUUGCUAGCCUUCGGGGCCGAUAUAAAAAAUCCAUCUGAAGAGGAUCAACGUGACUGCGAAGUUCUCCUCGAGGAUGCGACAGUGGGAGAUUCCUCAUGGCCUGUUGUCGGAUUUCGGGACGUCUUCCCUUCCCUUCUUUCUGGACCAGAGCUGGAGGUUUCGAGCCUGGCCUGCAGAAAGAUGGGAAUGAACCUAUUCCAGGAAGGUGAGAGCGUCGAAGAUCUCGCGGCCAGCUUCGAUCCUAGACGCGAGAUGGGUGCGAACAACUUUGCGAGGCUCACAUCUAUCGACCUGGAGUUUUCCUGGAUUCUGCCUGUCGACCUUCUCCAAUGCCUUGCUGCCGCCACUGGGCUACGGAAAUUGCUUCUACGGGUGAAAAAGCUCGAAUAAACGAGGUGGAGUAGUCAUCAUCAAGAACAGUUGAAGAACUGAUGCAGCAUGAUAAGAUAGUAGUAGUGGGCGACUCAGACAUGGCUAUGACCAGUUCUCACUUGGAGCGGGACUGCUGAUUGGGAUUGAGGGGGUAACGAGAGUCAGCUGGACAUAUUGAAAUCGGCGCAGAGUCGCAUUUGUCAAGAAUGUCAAAGCACCGAGGAAUGCAUCCGAAGCCAUUCGUGGCGAGUAAUUGGGAAAUCGCGUAAUGAUUUUCUGGAAGCAGAGAACGAUUAAAGCGAGGAGAGGACACCUGUUCCUCAGUCCUAACGGUCUUUGGAAUCUCAGUCUUGUUUGUAAGAAAUUCGUUUUUCUCA